AAUCCGAGCCGUGGUUUGAAGGUUGAGGGGGGGCUUAUUGAUGGCGUACGGGCAUGGCUAUGGACUAUGGUGGGCUGCACCGGAGCCCACUUUGCUCUUCCUUCAUAUAGGCGCAAGCCGAUGAUUACUUUCCUCAGUUGUAAGUGGUUCCUCUCCGCCAAUGAAUCCAUAGGUGUGAGGAGUCUUUCAGAGUUAGAGUCUGAGCACUCGGUCCAGGUCGCUAUGAUGGCUGCUCGUAAAGCCGAGCUUGCUCAGAAACAGAAGAAGAAGUCUGCCAAACCUCCUCUCUCAAGCAAAGACGAUGAAGAGCUCCUUCCUACUGACGAUGAUGUCGAGACUUCUGAGGAGGGGUAUGUGGAUAUAGAUAUCGACCAAGAAGAACUUGAUGCAGGUAGGACAGCCGACGACCAUGAGUCGCUCGCUUCCCGUCGUGCGAGAUUCAGGCCUGGUGGCCAAGCUCCUACCCAGGUUGAUACACGUGGCCAGUCCACACACGAACGACCCGAGACUUCGCCGACAGGGAGGAAGGUAAUACUUCGUCAUUUUCAUUGCUUUAAGAUGACUUACCUUCUGGGAUUCGUAAUCAUGUUUUAUGUUCCAGGGUUCUUUGAAGAGGGCGAACUCCCAUUGUCUCCCGUAUUCACUGGUUCUGAUAAUAUGGAUAGCUUCAUGGAGCAGAUGUGCGACGCCCUUCGUGACGGUUCUCUGGGUAUCGAUCUAAACAUUGAUCUUGGACAGGUGAAUAGUGUUGAGCCCACCGUUCCAUAUUCAGGUAUAUCUACAUCCGAUGAUACCCUCCUCAAACAUGGGGAAAGAGAAUCUUCUGUUCUUGCUGCAGAUGUCGCGAUGGAAAAGCCAGUUGAGGACGGAGCCUUUCAUGAUGUAGGUUUCGAGGAACAAGGGUGUGCUCCUGUACCAAGUUUCUCGAAACCCGACGUUGGAUUAUUAGCCGACAUGCUGGCUGAACAGACUACCAGAGAAACCGUGAGACCACCAUUUGGGAGUGAUUCACUCACAGGACCAGCCACUUGGACCGAUACCCUUAUGACUCUUGGCAUUCCCGUUGUAUCUGAGGACGAUGGGGUUGCCGGACCGGCCAUUGUGCCUGAUACCACUACAGUUUCUGGGACCGAUAGUUUGCAUAGAAGUGGCGUCUUCCCGCCAUCGCCGAGUGGUAUGACCGAUUUGCCUACAGGGGUUGAUAUACCCUCUAUGACCGCUCCUGCCGUUAUCUCGGAGUCUGUCGGACCUCAGCCCGAGGGGACCUCCGUCGGCAUAGGUAUACUAGGAAUUUGCCUUUGA